AUGAAGCGGAAGCGAAAGAACAAGAAGGGAAAGCCUAAAGGGUCUGUGGCUGGUGGAAAUGAGGCACUUUCAAGUGGGGUUAUUGUAAAUUUGGAGGAUGAUGCAAAUUUGGAUGAAGACGGUAAUUACGAGAAUAGAUCUGAGUCUGCAAUGGAGGUUGAUACCCCUUCUUCAACUGGGACAGAUCAACAUUGCAAUCUUGCCAAUAUUAAUCCUGAUGGUUCGAUUGAUAGGGGGGUCGGGAAAUCCAUGGGUAGAGUUAAAGUGAAGCUUAGGACUUCGAGAACAAUGGAAUCUCAGCCUACUUCUUCUGAUGCAUAUACACAAAGUGAUACGGAUAAGAGUAGCCAACAAAUUGGUUUGGAAAAACAAGGUGUGGUUUCUGAGAAAAUGGAGGAUAGUGCCAAUUCAUUGGCUGAAGUAAAAAUUGGUGCUUCUGGGAAUGUGUCAAAGAAAGUUGGGAGUAUAAAGAUUAAAUCAUCGAAGGCAUUGGGGUCUAGUGUUAAUCAUGGUAUUGAUCCUGUACCUGCACGGAGUGAGAGUCCGUACGACAGAGAACCAAAGAUGUCUGAUCAAGAUUCUCAAUAUAAUAAGGAAGAAUUAGACACCACACUGAUGAUAAUAAAGAAGGUAAUGAAAAUGGAUGCUGCUGAACCCUUCAAUGUCCCUGUGAAUCCUGAAGCUUUGGGAAUACCGGAUUAUUUUGAUGUGAUAGAUACACCAAUGGAUUUUGGAACAAUAUGCAGCAAUCUUGAACAGGGUGUUAAGUAUUUAAGUUCUGAGGAUGUAUUCAAAGAUGUUCAGUACAUUUGGGACAACUGUUAUAAGUACAACAAUAAGGGUGACUACAUCUUGGAUCUUAUGAGGCGUGUGAAGAAAAAUUUUACAAAAUAUUGGACAGCAGCUGGGUUGUAUAGUGGACAACCAAGAGGAACUAGUGGUGUUGAAAGCACUCAAGAUACUAUGGAACCAUCUGAUCAGGGAAAAGUACAUCUUAAAGGUAGCCAAUUAAAGCAGAAAACACGAAAGGGUCAUGGAAGGCGUCAUAAAUCCGAUUGUUUAUGUGCUAUUUGUGUUCUAAAGCGCCGUAGAAGGGAGCGUGAGGAGAAUGCUCGAAUUGCAAAGAGCCAGCACGGAGCUAGUGAUAAUAAGCUUACUCAUGAGUUAAAGCAAGAGUGCUCUCUUAAGGAAGCUUCACUUGGGGAAAGCCCAUCUGGUGAGAAUUCCUCUUCCGAUAUGGAUGGAUCAUUGGACCCCAAUCCUGAUGCUGAGGUAGAAGAUAAAGCAGAAGAGGUGAAAAUGGGGGUAUCCAAACAGCAGUAUGGCCCUUCAGGGGAGAAGCACGAGGAAGAGGAUGAUGGUGAUGAGGGGGAUGAGGAGGAAGACAGUGACACAGAGAGGAAAGAUGAAGGUAAUGGUGAGCACUAG